CAGAGAGAAGGAACACCCCUCCCACCAUCCACACCACGGCUUACUGAGGGCACUGCUUUCUCCUCGAGCAAGACACCACCGCUCUCUCUCCUUCCUUCCUUCCCUCUCUCUCCCUCUCUCUCUUUCCAUCUCGGCGCAGAGGGAGUACUCGACCGGCCAGGCAGACUCAAAGAAGCAACAGACACACUCCAUACUGCACGAACAAGUUUCCACAAACUGAAAACGUCCAUUUUUUUUUUUUUACAAUUGGAGUACCCAGGUAGACACUGUAUGAUUCAGCAAGUCACGUUCAUCAUCAUCAUCAUCUAACCCUUAUCAUCCUCUACAAAAUCAUCUGUGAUUCUCGGCGAACACUUUCCAAUUUCAGGCUUGGUGUGGACACAUCUGACUCAGCAUGUACCUGGAGAACAAGAGCACCCUGGAGAUGUCCCAGCCCUCCAGCCAGGCCCACCAGGGGCGGGCAGCCUUGCGGUCGGCGGAGGCCGUGGCGGGGAACUUUGGCGAGCUGCGUCUGCUCCAGGGCAUGUCGGGGCGGAGGGAGGCCCAGAAACUCCAGCAGCAGGCGGCCGCGGGCCCACCCACCCGGCACUGCAUCAUCCACACUGAGGGCUUUCACCAGGACGACGGGCACAACAUCAGCAUGGUGAAUCUCCUCAAGGGGAAAGGGAGCCAGAGCAGCUACACAGAGAGGUCCCCUCUGCUGUGCUUCACUCACGAGGACAGGACCUCGGAGGACACAGGGUGUGGGGGUGGAGACGAGCCGUGGGACUGCAGCGCUACAGAGCUGGAGAGGAGGUGUCGUCUGGGGAGCGAGGUCAACAGCCUGUCCCUGUCGCGGUCUUCCAACGCGGAGAAGGGCGAUGCUUUAGAACACCUCAACUUCAAGCUCUCCAGUAACAUGAGAUGCUGCAUCAGGAACUCCAAGGUCGCCUGCAUCUUUACUUUAGUCGUCCUGUCUUCUUUGUUCUUCAGCAUGUACCCAGAUCGAGACAACCCCUGGAAGAUGCUGGCCGUGUCUUCCACAGAGAGCUUCUCAAUGAACCUGACGGAUUUCCGUGACAACGCCCUGCUAAAGCUGCAGGUGGGCGGGCCCUUUGUUGGAGGGAUGGUUGAUCUGACCAAUCAGGAGUACAUCCUGAUCCAGGUGGAACAGAACGAGGAGGCGGGGCCUAGGAGGAGGCGGGCUCAGCAGGUGUUCUAUAACUGGACCAUACCCCUCCACUCUGAACGCAGCAACCACAUCCUCACAACCAGAACGUUUGAGAUGUUGAGCAGCGAGCCCAUCCUGAUCACCGUGCAAGCCUUCCUCCUGGACACCCAGGUGGUGCCUCUCUCCAUCACCCACCAGUCCCUCUUCGUCACCGUGGAAACCCAGGUGGUCAUUGCCGGGGCCAUCCUGGCGGGCGUCUACGUGCUCAUCAUCUUUGAGAUCGUCCACCGAACCCUGGCGGCCAUGCUGGGCUCCCUGGCUGCCCUUGCUGCCCUGGCCAUCAUCGGAGAUAGACCCAGCCUGAUGACAGUGGUGGAGUGGAUUGACUAUGAAACCCUGGCCCUCCUGUUCGGGAUGAUGAUCCUGGUGGCUGUUUUUUCAGAUACAGGUUUCUUUGACUACUGUGCCGUGAAGGCGUACCAGCUGUCCAGAGGCAGGGUGUGGCCCAUGAUCAUGAUCCUGUGUCUCAUCGCUGCCAUCCUCUCCGCCUUCCUCGACAACGUCACCACCAUGAUGCUGUUCACCCCCGUCACCAUCAGGUUGUGCGAGGUGCUUAAUCUGGAUCCGAGACAUGUCCUGAUUGCUGAAGUAAUCUUCACCAACAUUGGAGGGGCGGCUACAGCGGUUGGAGACCCACCCAACGUCAUUAUCGUAUCCAAUCAGGACCUGCGCAAAAACGGGAUCGAUUUUGCCGGUUUCACGGGUUACAUGUUUCUGGGAAUCUGCCUGGUCCUCCUAACCUCCUUCCCCUUCCUGAGGAUGCUCUACUGGAACAAGAAGCUCUACAACAAAGAAUCCAGUGAAAUUGUGGAGCUCAAACAUGAGAUCCGUGUGUGGCGGGCGACGGCCCAGCGCAUCAACCCAGCCAGCCGGGAGGAGACGGCCGUCAAGUGCCUCCUGAUGCAGAAGGUGCUCAACCUGGAGAGCCUCCUGCGCAAGACCAUGAAAACAUUCCAGAGGCAGAUCUCUCAGGAGGAUCAAAACUGGGAGCAGAAUAUUCAGGAGCUGCAGAAAAAGCACCGAAUCACCGACAAAAUCCUCCUGGUCAAGUGUAUUGCUGUCCUGGGAGUGGUGAUCGUCAUGUUCUUCCUCAACUCCUUUGUUCCCAGCAUUCAUCUGGAUCUGGGGUGGAUCGCUAUCCUGGGGGCCCUGUGGCUGCUGGUGCUGGCAGACAUCCAGGACUUUGAGAUCAUCCUGCACAGGGUGGAGUGGGCCACGCUGCUGUUCUUCGCUGCCUUGUUCGUGCUCAUGGAGGCUCUGGCUCAGCUGCAGCUAAUCGACUACAUCGGGGAACAGACGGCCCUCCUGAUAAAAGCGGUUCCCGAGGACCAGCGCCUGGCCAUCGCCAUCAUCCUGGUCAUGUGGGUGUCCGCUCUGGCCUCGUCUCUCAUCGACAACAUCCCCUUCACCGCCACCAUGAUCCCUGUCCUCAUCAACCUGAGCCAGGACGCAGACGUCAACCUGCCUUUGAAGCCCCUGAUCUUCUCCCUGGCCAUGGGGGCCUGCCUAGGAGGUGAGUGA